GAAACCCCAUCAGAGCAUUAGAGACACACUCAGCUGGAGAUUACUGGGACAGACGACAGCAGACACAUCAAGAAGACGCCAUCUGUAAAUGUCGCUCCGGGAUUUAAUCAAAUGUUUCUGCAAUGCCCGAAUUAAACUUAGGUUUUAAUGUGGGAUCUUUGCAUCUGAACUCGUCUGAGUUUCAUCUGUUUUCUUAUCAGCCUUAUUGAGGGUGCAAUAAUUUACUGUUGAGUAGCCUAUUACUGCAGCACAAACUCAUACUUAGCCUACUUCACUGUCCUUUUGGCACCCCUCUGGUUUAAGUGAAUCUCUACGAAACAAAAGGACAUUUGUGAUGUUUAACUGAAGCGGAUAAGAAGAUUUUAAAGCGAAGAAAUCGACUCUUUUUACUUUCUUUUUCGGGGUGUUUUCCUUGUGAUAAUAGAGGUUAAAGCACCGCCUUGCAAAACGGUUUUAUCUGUUAAUUCAGUUCAUCCUAAAUUUGUCGCCGGCACCAUGCUGUCCAGUGUCCGCCGGCACAGCCUCCGCUUGCAGACCGAGCUCCACCGGUGGAGCAUCUGCGACCCCGGCAGUCACCUGCUCCCGGACAGCUUCCUGACCCGGGUCCCCGACUGCAUCUCCCGCUCCAAGUCCUGGACCAGCUCCGCCGGGGAGUCGGACGGGAGCCGCGGGAGCUGGUCGUCCUCAGACUCGGUCAUCUCCACCGACUCCACCGGGGAGCCGGCGGAACCCGGGGCACCGUACCGGGUGGUGCUGUUAGGGGCCAGCGGUGUCGGUAAAACGGCCUUUGCCAGCAUCUUCGCCGGGGCAGCGGACAGCAUGGACAGUGAUGACUGCGAGCUGUGUGGAGAUGAAGUGUGUGAGAAGACAAUUGAAGUGGAUGGAGAGCCUGCGGCUAUAACUCUGCUUGACACAUGGGAUGCAGAGACUGACGGCGAAUGGGCUCAGGAGCGCUACAUGCAGACAGGUGACGCCUACCUGUUGCUGUACUCUGUAACUGACCGGGCCUCGUUCCUGCGAGCCUCGGAGCUCCGGAUUACCCUGCGCCGCUUCCGUCCUGCCCAGCAAACACCAAUCAUCCUGGUGGGGAACAAAUGUGACUUGGUGCGACGCAGAGAGGUGUCAGUCAGUGAGGGUCGUGCCUGUGCUGCUGUGUUUGACUGCAAGUUUAUCGAAACCUCAGCCGCCAUGCAGCACAACAUCUGGGAGGCUUUUCACGGCAUAGUGCGACAGCUGCGUCUACGCCGAGACUCCAAGGAAGCCAACAAGCGUCGCAGGCACAGAAGCUGUAACACACGCCGAGAGAGCCUUCCUAUGAAGGCCAAACGUUUCCUCGACAAGGUGGUAGCAAAGAACAAUCCCAGUGUGGCCUUCUGGCUAAAAUCUAAGUCCUGCCAUGAUCUCUCUGUGCUGUAGGAGUUUUUUUUAACUCUACACUAAACCUUUGAGUAGGUGAACAAGUUACAGCCUGGAGAACAGACUAUCUGGACAUGGGCUGGAGGCAAGCCUGCUUCUAAGGGGCUAAAAGUUGGAUGGUUCAAACCCAGCCCUCAAUGUGUUCACAUCCACCCUUGGCACAGCCAGCAUGGUGUGCAUGAGAGGUGUUUCUGCACUGCCAUCCAUGUGUUGCAGUCGGAACAAGGCUGAGUGGACUGAGCUCGGUUUGUCAGCCUGUGUAAUGGACUGGACAAUCAGCGAAAUGAAGUGACGUUUCCUGUCGCAGAGACUCGUCAUGUCUGUGUGGCUAAAAUGUUGGAAGGUAGAUCUCAUCUGAUGGAAACUGACAGAAGGAUGUGAUGUUUGUUCAUUUCUGUGUUUUGAACAAAUACAUUAAUAUUAGCCUUUUCUCUCCUCUCUUCUCUCAUCUCUCUUUUGCUCUCAUUCCUGCCAAAUGUGUCGUCUGUUGAUCCCUAAGUGCUACGAUUACCAAUUGCAAGCUAUUGAUGAUUAAGGUCUUUUUUGUACGAUGAUCAUUCAGUUGUUACAUUGAGUUUAUUUAUAAUGUGUUGUAUUUUGCACUUACUGUAAAUAGAUACCAGAUUGAUGAUGUAUUGUAUUAUGCUACGUGUAUGUAGUUUCAGUGUUGCUUAUUGAAAUAAAGUGACAUCAUCCAUUUUGGAGAAAAAAACUG